AUGGCUAUAGCUAAUGAUGAUCCCAAGUUUCGCUAUUUUGAUACCAGUGAUGAACCGAGAAGAUUGCUUCGCCCAAUUAAUGGCUAUCAGAAUUUACCAUUAAAAUCUUUAGACGAAGCUGUUCAAUCUUUAUUAUCUGUAGUCGAUGAUUUACAGACAAAUGUUGUGAUCGCAAAAAAAAAUUGUCAAGAUCAAACAGAUAAUUUAACUUUAGACGAGGCUGCAGCUAUUUAUUCAUACACAAUGGAAGGUGAAACAAAGAAACAAAGUCUAUAUUAUCAACUUAAUCAAAUAUUAAGAUCUACAAAACGUGCUCAACUAAUGGUAUUAUGGUUAGAUUAUUUCAAAUUACUCUUAACAGCAUUAUAUAAAUUACCUUCUGCUAAACGAAUUGUCUGGCGCGGAACAAAAGAAGACCUUAGCUCGCAAUAUAAAAAAGGAAAUACUUAUGCUUGGUGGGGUUUUAGUUCUACUACAGAUUCAAUUGAUGCUUUACAAUCAAACAGUUUCCUGGAAAAAUCUGGUGUACAAACAUUAUUUUGUAUUGAAUGCGAAAACGGCAAAAUGAUCCAAGUAUACUCACAUUAUCCAGAGGAAAAUGAAAUUUUACUUCUACCAGGUUUCUAUUUUGAAGUAUCAGGUAUGACACAUUUUGAGGGUGGUUUGAAUAUAAUACAUUUGAAAGAAGUGCAGCCGCCGUAUCCAUUAGUAGAACCCCCUAUACCUAUAAAACAAAUAAAAUCAAACGACUAUGUUAAUAUAGACACUAGCACACGUGGAAAAGAAAAUGUGAUCGAUGAUUCGAAUAUCAUAAAACAAACAGAAUUCGAUAUUGCAUCUACCAAAAAAAUACCCAGAGAUGCUGAAAUGUAUUUAGCCAAGCUCACUGCGACCAUCAAUUCUGCAACGUCUUCGAAAGCGUCAUCUCCUUCACCAAUAUCGGUUGAUACGCUGACAAAGACUACGCUAACAGCAACAAGCAAGAAUCCAAGCAACGAGCUCACUGCCACCACCAAUGCUGCAACGUCUUCGAGAGAGUCAUCUACUUCACCAAUAUCGGUUGAUACGCCGACAAAAACUACGCUAACAGCAACAAGCAAGAAUCCAAGCAACGGUAAUUAGUUAUGGAGGUUUAGUAUUUAAUGACUUCGAUAAUAUCAAACUAAUAAAUGACAGCUUAUAUCAUCUAUUUUCAUCCAAAAAAAUCCGGUAAUCCAACUAUUAUUUAUUUCAAAAUAUAAUGGCUGUGGAUGGUUUUUGAAUAACAUGGGAAAGAAAGGUGAUAGAGAGAUGUGGUUUUAACCAUCUCGGAGAGGAUACUUUACUGCAUCUUUUCGUAUAUGGGGGGCUUUCAAAACCACGAUUUUCAGGCGGUGCAUCUCACAGGUGAAAAAGAAGAGACUGCCAGGUGCCGAAGCCAAAAUGAAACUUUUUCUUAAAUUAUAUGGUUAGAUAGUCUAAAGUGUCCUCUUCGAAAGUACGCAGAUUCGAGGUCGCUACCUAUCAUGGUUUUCCGACCGUGUGAAUUUUGCUUUGAUCCAUCUGUCUCCGUCCGGUUAACUGUGACAACUUGGAAAAUAAGUCCAAACGCAGCUUGUCGACCACGCCGAAUCUACUGGCAACAUCUGUUUUCAGAAGAAAGCUCAAGAACCUAGUGGAAAGCUAUAGUAGGUGAAAUAACCCACUUGUGGCUAGUUUCACCGAAAAUUAAGAAAUUCAUAAUUCAGUCAAAACCGGUCCAAACUACUUCAAAACUUCAAUGUAUACUGCAUUUUGUCAGCCGCAUAUUCUAGAACCAUUUCCUUACUUCCAAAGAUUUCUAGAAAAACGUUUCAAAAACUAAAGGACUUUCUAUUUAUUUUUAAAACUUUAUUGAAAUCCAGAAUGUACGGCAGAUAAAAUGUAGUUUACGUUGAAGCUUUGAAAUGGUAUGGACCAGUUUUGACUGGAUUGUGAACCUUCUAAUUUUCGGUGAAAAUAGCCACAAAUGGGUUAUUCCACCUACUAUGGGUUUCCACUAGGUUCUUGAAUUUUCUUCUAAAAGCAAACGUUGCGAUGAGACUCGGCGUAGUCGAAAACUUACGUGUGGACUUAGUUUCAAGGUUGUCCCAGCUAACCGGACUGAGACAGGGGACAGAGAGAAUUUCAUUUUGACUUCGGGUGGCGGUCUCUUCUUUUUGCACCUGUGAGGUGCACCACUUGAAAAUCGUGGUUUUGAACGCCCCCAUAUAUGAAAAGAUGCAGUAAAGUAUCCUCUACAAGAUGGUUAAAACCACAUCUCUCUAUUAGGGGUAUGACAGUUCCAUAUCAGCUCCUAUCAUAGGAACUGUUGAAAAGCUCUUUUGAAAGGAGCUGAUAUGUUUGAACAGCUCUUUUGAAAGGAGCUGAUAUGUUGGAACAGCUCUUUUGAAAGGAGCUGAUAUGUUUGAACAGCUCUUUUGAAAUUUUAAAAAUUGAAAUUUUUUGAAAUGUGUUUUUCAACGACUACUGCUAAAGCUUUCAUGCUGAAGCAAGAG